CGUCGCUCUGCAGAGGACGGCGAGCAAAGUGGAUCGGUUAGCUCCACGGGCCUCAGCAAAGGGGAGCGCAGUCCAACAGAUGCGCCGGUAUCCGCGUCUUCAAAAAUAUGUUUGCCAAGUUUAAGGGCCUCUUCUCAGGCCCGCAUGUUCCACCUGAUUCUGGGACCACUAAAGCAUCACCAGCACCAGCUCCUGCUCCAGCUCCUGCACCAGCCAAGGAGGAGAAGCCGAACGAGAAAGAAAAUGAAGCCAAGAAAGAGGACCAACCGCAGGCCCCUGCACCUGCACCGGCCCCAGAACCGACUGCUGCACCGGCAUCGGCUCCAGCACCAGUCCCAGAACCGACUGCUCCACCGGCAUCGGCUCCAGCACCAGUCCCAGAACCGACUGCUGCACCGGCGUCGGCCCCAGCACCUGCCUCAGCUCCGGCUCCAGCAGCCACACCUGCAAACCCUGAGCAGCCGGAACCUGAAGGACAAAACGAGGCCCCUCCUCCUCCGCCGCCGAUUGUCAUCAACAAAUAUUCAGAUGAGCAGCUCAGAAAGGUAUCCCAACGGAUGAAACAGAGGCUGAAUUUAUACAAGGAGAAAGUGAUCGAUCAGUACGCUUCGUCCCCCGAGAUAACCCCUCCUGUCACUCCACUGCUACUUAAAGACGAAUACGCCAGAGUGAUGGAGGAAAGGGCGAGGCAAGCGGAGGAGGACAGAAUAAAGAAGGAGGAGGCGGAUAAGAAGAAGAAAGAAGAACAGGAGAAGAAAAAGAAGGAGGCUGAGCAGAGGAAGAAAGAGGAGGAGGAGAAAAGGAAAGAAGAGGAGAAGAAGGUGAAGGUGCCCCUAAAGACGAGGUUGAUUGCAGCUUACUGGGCAUCAGUGGACUUCGUGAUGAACCCGCUGGCGAACUGGAUGGAUUCCGUCCUGGGUCCCACCAUCGACCCCUUCACGGAUCGUCGCUACAUCGCGUGGCUCAGCCUGGUUACUGUGGCCAUCAACUACAACACUUGGUUCAUCACUGCCAGGAUGUGUUUCCCGUACCACAACGAGAUCAUCAACCCUAUCUGGUUCACCAUGGACAUCCUGGCGGACGUCAUUUACCUGCUGGAUGCCAUCUUGUUUCAGCCUCGCAAACAGUUUGUCAAAGGAGGAGACAUCAUAAAAGACCGUGUCUCGACAACCAAGCACUACAGGGAAUCUGAGAGAUUACUGGCAGACGUGGUUUCUCUUCUGCCACUCGACUUGUUGUACCUACAGUUCGGAUUCAGAUCUGGUUUCAGAGUCAACCGCUUAGUAAAGAUAGAUACAUUUUUUGAGUUCAGUGACCGUCUGGAGAGCAUCUUGGCUAAGGCGUACAUCUGGAGAGUGAUUCGCACCAUUGGGUAUCUGCUCUUUAUGCUCCACCUGAACGCCUGCUUCUACUAUGUGGCCUCGGAGUACCAGGGCAUCGGUGGAACAAAAUGGGUCUACUCCGGUCUGGGCAGCGCGUACCUUCGCUGCUACUACUUUGCCGUCCGCAGUCUGAUCAACAUCGGGGGUCUUAACGAGCCUCACACGGUCUUUGAGAUUACCUUUCAGAUGACUAACUUUUUCGUAGGCGUCUUUGUGUUCUCCAGUUUGAUUGGACAGAUGAGAGAUGUUAUUGGCGCGGCCACAGCAGGACAGACCUACUUUCGAACCUCCAUGGACAACACAGUGGCUUACAUGGUGACCAAUAACAUUCCCUCUAUGGUGCAGAACAGGGUGCGCACCUGGUACACCUACACUUGGGACGCUCAGGGCAUGCUGGAUGAGUCUGAACUGCUGGAUAAGAUGCCUCUCGUAAUGAGGACCGCCAUUGCUGUGGACAUCAACCUGGCGACGUUUCAGAAGAUUGAUCUUUUCAAGGGCUGCGACCAGCAGAUGUUGGUGGACAUGCUGCUGAGACUGAAGUCCAUCAUCUACCUACCGGAAGACUUUGUGGUGAAAAAAGGUGACAUCGGGAAGGAGAUGUACAUCAUCAAAAGUGGAGCGGUGCAGGUGGUGGGAGGACCCGACAACAGCAUCGUGUUUGUGACGCUGAAGGCCGGCUGCGUGUUUGGAGAAAUCAGUUUGUUGCAGUCUUCUAAGGACGGAGGGAACAGGCGAACAGCCAACGUCAAAGCUUAUGGCUUCGCGAACCUUUUUGUUCUGGAGAAGAAGGACCUGUUUGACAUUCUCAUCCACUACCCGGAGUCUCAGAAGGUCUUGGCCAGAAAAGGAAGGAAACUAAUGAAGGCGAAGGGCCCAGCAGUAGCAACAGCAAAAGAAGAGAAGAAGAAAGGACUGGCGCUGUUCGGCCCCAAACCGCCGACGCCCAAACUGCUGCGAGUUUUCGGAGGAAACUUUAAUAAAAAGAUGUUUAACCAAUUAAAGAACACUGAGGAAAAGUGAGAACUCAGCUAAACUGCAUUUUUGUCGAUUCCUCCAGUUUAGGAGUAAAGGUACAGCUUUAUUUCAGGUUCUUUUCCUUGUUUUAUAUCAAGUGUUUUGUUUUAAUGUGAUAUAAAUCAUGGGCUGUGCAGGCACCUGUAAGUUUGUUAAUAACAUCACUGGCAUCAGAACCGUUAGAAACAGCUGUGGUUCUUGAUUAAAUGGCGCCCGAUAUUCUGCUGCCGCUUGCCUUUGCUUUUUUCCUACCACAAAUAAAGUCAGUGAAUAUUCAAAACUCAACACUGUUUUGAACAAGCUGUGUAACCAUAUCUAAACCGGGGUUUGAUCCGUCUGUAUAUUGUGGCUGUUAUGUCAUGAAUCUUGAAACCUGCUGCCACCGUCUAAUGGUUUUGCUGCCAGAAGGCCAAUUGUUUCUUACAUCGCUUUCAGUGUUGCAAUGCAGGCUAAUAAGAAACAGAAACUUAGCUUUUUCUCAAUUUGUAAAGCACUCUUGCCGCCCCUAGAUGAAGUGAUGCCCCGGGUGGUGAGCCACACGGCCCAUAUCAAAAAUAAAAAAUAAAAUAACCCGUCACUGGUUUCACGAACUACUUCUAAUGGUGGGCAAUGCAGGAUGUUUAUCGUUUCAUUUUACACUGAAUGUUUUUGUCUUUUUAUGGCUUUACUGUCCAGUUCUGUUGUGUUUUCUUUUCUUUUUUUUACACAAUUAUUUCAUUCUUAUUAUUUCAUGUGACUGAUUUAAUCUUCCAUAUUUACCUUAAUAAAUAAUUGACAGAUGUAACGGCGGCUCUGUUUUGUUUUCUCGUGUCUGUUCAUUUAGUCCCACAGCCUCCAGUUUGCGCAGCAGAAGCUCUGGUGCAGA